AUGGCGACCACUCGACCAUGGCGACCACAUUUCCUUGUCACGGACACAGUCGCAUUCAAAACAGCUCGGAUAAGGCGACCACUCGCUCAACGCGACGGACAACCACCGACCCGCGACCGAAGUGACGAAGUGCCACGGUGCUACACACCGUUGAUUGCAGUCGCUACAGAAAUCCAGCUGCACGUGUUCGCUGACGCAAGCGAGAAAGCAUACGGCGCCGCUGCGUACAUGAGAAAAGCGAACCACGGUACUCAGCUGGCAGUUUUCCUAGUUGCAGCGAAGGCACGCGUUGCUCCACUGAAACCGGCCUCGAUACCCCAUCUGGAACUCCAGGCUGCGGUCCUCGCCUCGCGCCUAUCCUGUACCGUACGGGAGCAGCUGCGUAUCGCAAUUCCACGGGUCAUAUUCUGGACAGACCCCAGAACGGUGCUGUUGUGGAUACGCUCGAACGCCCGGCAAUUCAAACCAUUUGUGGCCCACCAGAUCGCGGAAAUAACAGACACAACAGAAGUAGAUCAGUGGCACUGGGUACCAACAAGACUGAACCCAGCCGACGACCUCUCCAGAUGUAUCUCUGCCCAGCGCUUGCAGCCGGACGAUCGCUGGUUUGGCGGCCCAGACUAUUUGAGGCAAGGCGAAGCAGACUGGCCCGCCGAGGAGACUCGUGCGCCGGACCCCGAUGAUCUCGAGCUGAAGCGUGCGUUCAGUGGCGUCCACGCAGCAGCCGGAGACAGCUCAGAGCCACCCAGCCUGAAGGCAGCACUAUCAGAGAUCGAGCGCUUCUCAAACUGGUGUCGCCUGAUAAGAGCAACCGCCUGGGUGCUACGCUUCACUCGCCGCCUGAGACACGGAGGAAGAGACACUGCCAAGCCGUCGCUGACAGUCCCCGAGCUACGAGCCGCAGAGAGUCUUUGGUGGAAAGCUGCACAAGCGGAAGGCUUUCCCGAAGAACUCGCUGCGCUCCGCAAGGGCAAGCCAGUCGACAAGGACAGCCACCUGGUCCAGAUGACACCCUUCAUCGACGACAAUGGCAUCAUGCGCUCUGACAGCCGCGUACGGAACGCAAACGCUGACAACAAGAACCUGCGCCAACCUGUAUUGCUCCCGCCGAAGCAUGCCUUCACUAGGCUGCUCAUACAGCAACACCAUGUCUGGUCGUUACAUCAAGGACAGGGUCACGUAGUGAACGAGCUGCGUCAGAAGUACUGGGUACCCGGUAUCCGUGCAGCGGUAAGAAGCACCUGGAGUGAGUGCCAGUAUUGCAAGAAUCUCCGUGCCAAGCCGCAGCCACCAAUCAUGUCGGCCCUGCCAGAGUGCCGCACUGACGCCUUUCAGCGACCCUUCACACAGACAGGACUGGACUACUUUGGCCCGCUGUCGGUAACUGUUGGGUGCACUCAUGAGAAGCGGUACGGCGCUCUCUUCACCUGUCUUGCCACCCGAGCCGUUCACGUGGAGCUGGCGCACGACCUGUCCACAGACUCAACGCUAAUGGCCAUCCGGCGAUUCAUCAGCAGGCGAGGCUGCCCACUGGUGAUCCACUCAGACAACGGAACCAACUUCAAAGGCGCCGCCAAAGAGCUCCGCCAGGCCAUUCGUGAGCUGAAUGAAGCUCACAUCCAGGACCAGCUUUCUCAUGACGGCAUUACAUGGUCGUUCAACCCGCCGGCGCCACCCCACAUGGGCGAAGCCUGGGGGCGGCUCGUUGGAUCCAUCAAGACCGCACUUCACGCCAUCCUCAAAGAGCGCCAUCCCAAGGAGGAGACCCUCCUGACCGCACUGGCAGAAGCAGAGGCACUCGUGAACAGUCGACCUCUCAUACAUGUCAGUAUGGAUGCCGCCGACGACGAGACCUCGUCAGGCGAAAUUACUGUUGAGCAGCGUGAGUAUGUCCUGGGUGCCGAGUUGGCUGCGGAAGCCAUACUGACUUUUCGAUAA